UUUGCUCUUCUCACUCGUUGGUUAAACCUCAGAAGCCUAAACCCGGAAAAUUUUCUUCUCCAGUCUCCAUUUUUAGCUCUUAGCAGCCAGCAGCCAUGAAGAAGCUCACUCUCUCACCAGCUCUUCGCUAUUGCCUCCACAAACCCUCCUCUCCGAUCCACUUCUCUGCAUUUAGAUGGCUUUCUUCUGAUUCAAAAUCAAUUCCCAAUCAAGGCUCUGAAUCUGUGCCAAUCCAGCCAGUCUCUUACGCAGUAAAGCCUAAAGACAAAACUCCUUCAAAUGAAGACGAAACUCAUUCUCAGCAACAGGUGGCUGCCCAAUCACCACCAUCACAAGAACAGGAGCGACAGCAAUUUCCUACAAGAACCCAAGAAGCACCAAAUCAAGAAUCCCGGACGCGUUGGACUCGGGAGGACGUUCGAUACAUCAAAGAUGCGCCCUCAAUAUCUCCUGUAUCCUAUCCUAUACGCGUUGCUCCGCUACCGGAGGAUAAGGUUGGCGCUGAAGAAGAAGUUGCGCAGGCGGAUAUGGAUAGAGAGAGUAGGAAGAUUCAGGAGGAGAACCGGGGGAUUAGGAGGAUAUUUAGGGUUACAGAAGAGGAGGAGAAAGUGGUAGUGCCUUUCCCUAGAUUGAUCAUGCCUGAGAAGAAGGAAAAGAGACCACUUUUUGAUUUGAUGGAUGCUAUUAGGCAGGUCAAGACUAGUGCAAAGGCUAAUUUUGAUGAGACUAUUGAAGCACAUGUAAGAUUGGGCAUUGCUAAAUCUCGUUCUGAUAUGAUUGUUCGCGGCACUUUGACUCUGCCUCAUGGUGGUAAGAAGGCUAUCAGGAUAGCCGUCUUUGCUGAAGGAGCAGACGCAGAGGAAGCUAAAGCUGCAGGAGCUGAUGUUGUCGGUGGUCUUGAACUUAUUGAUGAAAUUGCUAGUGCUGACAAGAUUGAUGUUGACAAGUGUUUUGCAACCAUUAAAUUGUAUCCCCGUGUAGCAAAGCUAGCAAGGAUUCUUAAUCGUUAUGGACUUAUGCCAGAUUCUAAACAAGGAACUGUUGUUAGUGAUGUUUCUAGGGCUGUGAAAGAUGCAAAAAAGGAUCAAAUUAAGUUUAAAAUGGACAAAACAUCAAUUGUGCAUGUGGGACUUGGAAAGGUGAGUUUGACAGAGGAAUCUUUGCGUGAGAAUGUUGGUGCAUUUAUGAAUGCACUUUUACAAGCAAAACCUGCAGGCCUUAAGAAGACAUCCAAAUAUGCUGGAUAUGUGAACAGCUUCCAUAUAUGCAGUUCGAUGGGAGCAGGGUUCCCCGUUUCAAUACAGUCAUUAUCCAAGGCUGUAGAUCACUACAACAAAGCUCUCCUGAAAUAACGUGGUUGCAGCAAAAUUCCGGCAUUACUCUAUGUCUCUGUCUGUAUCUUUCCGGCAUUCAAAAACAGUUGGGGGCAGCUAGGAUUAGCAUGGGAGUCAUUUCAGUUUUGCACACAUUUUGUUCUUCCGGCUGUCAUCUGAGGUUUCGGUUGACAUCCAUCUUCUUGAGUACAAGCAGAUCCAACAGGCAUUGUUACUAUUUUUAUUAGCAUGAUUAUUAAAUACCUGUGUUCUGUAGAAUGUCAAUGCCAAGACGCUGCAAGAAUCCAAUUCUCUGUAAUUUGAGAAGUUUUCAUUUAAGAAAAAAAUAAAAUUCGUGCAUGAUUAUAUAA